AUGAGCAAAGUUGUCUCUAACUUUCUUUCAUUAACAUGGGAAGGGAAUGAUUUAGAUUCUAAUCAAUACUCAUCACCAUGUAAAAAAAUCAAACUAUUCGGGAUUGAGCUAGAUCCUCUCAACGAUGGUUUGACGACGUUCAACAAACAAGGGUUAGGCGAUAGUGAAGAAAGUACACGUUCGCGUUCCACUACAGUAUCCUCCUCCGAUAAAGACAAGUCCCUAGAUGCAGAUUCUGAAGAGAUGAAGAGCUUUAAAUGCGAUUACUGUGCCAAAGUGUUUGUUAACUCACAAGCCUUGGGUGGACACCAAAACGCGCAUAAAAGAGAAAGAGUCAAGAAGAAAAUGUUACUAUUACAAGCUAGAAAAGCCACUAUCGAUUACUACCUUAAACCCUACGACCAGAUUACCAACAAUAAUUAUGGAGUUAACAUAAGAUUUCAAGGUUAUAGUGAUAGUGAUUUGACUACAUUUGGUUUGUACGACGAAGAUCUGUUAUCGUUUGAGGGCAUGUACAACUCUGCUUAUUAUAAGCAAGCACCCAAGAUGUCAAGAAAGACGCUAGACCAUUCUAAGCAAACUUAUCAUAGUUUGGAUCUUCAAUUGUGUCUUUAA